GGCGCCGCCUCUGAAACCCCUUAGACCUUGGCUGUGUUUCGUGGACGUGGAGUGCACUCCCAGUAUCUCCUUUGCAAAUGGGCUCUGUGGCCUAGCGUUUACUCCCCUGAGCCUCGCCACCUGUGAUCUCAAGCCGUGAGGGUGCUGCUGGCAGCAGCGCUGAAAAGAAACAAGGAUUGAUAUCUGUACAAGAACUAAGAUCAAGUAACAUGGCAGCAAUCCCAUCAAGCGGCUCACUUGUGGCAACCCAUGACUACUACAGAAGGCGUCUGGGUUCCACUUCCAGCAACAGCUCCUGUGGAAGUGCUGAAUACUCUGGGGAGGUUAUUCCUCACCAUCCGGGUCUUCCCAAGUCUGACCCUGGUCACUGGUGGGCUAGCUUCUUCUUUGGAAAGCCAACCCAUCCCGUCAUGACAACUGUGUCGGAAUCCCCAGAGAAUUCAGGAACUUUCCAGGUGGCCAACGGCGUGAUCACUUGUGGCCUGGCUCAGGAAGUAAUGAGGAAGCGCCACGCCAGUGAGCCCAGCAAACCGAGUGCUGGGCCGUCUGCGUGAACAGGCUGGCACAUCUUCCUGCUGCCCGCCUGGUUGCUGCUUCUGAUCCAAACGCUAGGAGUCAGAGCCCAUUUUCCACUCCCCUUCCCCGUAGAGUAGACAGGCUGCGUUAAGUAUUUAGAUGUAGGUUUUUUAAAAAAAAAAACAAACAAACAAAAAAUUUACACCACCUUUGUACUGUUUCAUUAAUUUGACUGUAUUCUUUCCAUACAGCCUUGGUAACACUUUGUUUACUUGUUCAAUGGAAACUAAUAAACUUAAGCAGCCUUUUAAA